AUGUAUAUCGCCAUCGGGCCGUGGCCGCUCGACGUCACGUGCACUCGAUUAAUAGUCAGGAGUCAGGGUAAGCGACACGUCUAUUUCUGUACGAGGCUGGAGCCCUCGCCUCCCAUCGUGGCCCGCGAUUUAACGGUCACGAGUGUCUCCCUGAGUAAGGACGCCGCUUUUGUGCGGGCGUCAUUGAGAGAAUUCGGCUUUCGGCUGCGACAAAUUGAGAUCGCCGAGGAUAUUGUUCGGCGGCGGGGACACUUGGCGCCCAAACAACGCUCUCUCAUCUCAUCUCAACGUUGCGGCAGUAGCUACUCGAAUCCCGAAGUAGCGCAAUAUCGUCGCGGCGCUAUUUACAUUGUCGUGGAGGUGUUCGGUGCCCGGCCGCGUUCAAGGUCGGCCGCCACGUGCGGCGGUUAUGGCGUUGCGCGCUUUGUUCCCCAGCCGUUUUCAUGCGAGGGGCGAAUUACGUAUUGCGGCCGCGUGUCUCGCAACCUGGUCCACUGGUCCAGUGAGUCGCGACGGGCUCGCUUAGCGGCGCCGCUGUCGGGCUUACUGGCUUGCGGGCCAAGUGAGCCAGGUGAGCCAGCGGUCGGCGGACUCAGCCAGUGCGAAAAAGCCAUUUGCGGCGCGAACCGGUGCACAGGAGGCGGCGGCCGGAACGACGCGCGCCGUGGAAAGCGAGGCAAACCGCAA